ACGGAAUUGAAAUUUGGGAAAUAGAUUGUGUGUUGUGAGUGAAUUGGGGGAUGUGUAGUUAGAGUGUCCGUUGCCCACGGUUUCUCCACGCUCACUUCAACGAGACGGGAUAUUGAUUAUCGCGCAUGCCAAGUCCAUGAACUGUAUCAACAUUUUAUACUCCCUACGCUCUCUCUGAAUUGAUUGUAUGCGUUGCAUACUUAAGAUCCUUCGGAGCUCUGGAACGAAGACAUUGGAUCCAGCCCCAUGUUUUCCGCCAGCAGUACGAUUAUAUCAAGAUUGAAGAAUAAUAUAGAGAAGCUACCGGUAACAUUAAAGCUUUUUUCUUUUCUUAUCUGGCUAUCCUAGUCUUUCAAAAUUUACCUAUACCCGCCGACCAAACAUGUCUUCAUCCCAAUCGCCUGGUUCAACAUCAUACUUUGAACAGCAGCGCGCGGAGCUGCUGAGAGAAAUUUCACUGAGUUUUGAACAAGUCCUCCAAAAUAUAAACCGAUUAAAUCGAAAUCUGGAAAGCGUCAUCGCAGUUGGAAAUGAAUUUUCCUCCGUAGAAGCUUUAUGGUCUCAAUUCGAAAACGUCAUGGCCAAAGAUGGCGAGGGCAGUGGGGAAAAGGAACAUGAUGACGAGCGUGCGAGAGAACGGGAAGAUUCAGAAAGAACUCCAAAGGGGGACGGAAGUCAGAGCCCGGGUGCGGAUGAGGUAAAACAGGAAGGUGAUGAUGAAACAAUGAGAUGAUGGCGCUUAAUGAUGACAGUGGAGGUCCCCGUUGAAUUCUUUUGCUCCUUUGGCAUUUAACGGAGGAGAUGGCUACUUCAUUUGUCUGAUCGUCUACGGAUGCAAUACCUAUCAAGGUGUGUUGGCGUCUCAUGUAUAUAGAACUAGUUAAGUUCGCUCCAACCCGAAGAGAAUUGAAUAGUUUUGUCUAAUCAAUGUCGUACACAUGCUGCAUUAAUCUGGUUCCCCGACGUACAAAAAAGCUAGCCUCAAUAAACACCGAACCCAUGCAUAAUAUCCUCCAGAAAGCCUACCAGAUAAGCUUUCGUAGCAAAACAGGUAAGUGAUAUAACAGGAUGAGUAAAAGGAAAAUAUUUUUAGAGUUGACAGACAUAAUCCGCUAGGGGAAUGAUACACAUCAUGAGGAGCAGAAGUGAAAAUGGACAAAUGGACAAGAGUUGUAGUUUAAGGGGCCAAAGAUAAGGAUGGGAUCAUAGCGUCACCGGUGAAAAUAAAAGAAACGGCACGCCAGAGAGAAAGAAAUAAUAGGGAAGCGGAUGUCCCAUGGCAACAGGACAUGCCAUAUCAUCCUGUUGCUCAUCAUACAUCAUCGACAAACUGAAAUAUUCGCAUGUCGCUCGCUCGAAUACCGAAAAUCGUCUCGCAGGCAUAAAACAUAAGCUCGUGGCCUAAAAAGCUGUUGCUCGUUAUGUUUUGUUUACGAAUCGCCUAAAGAAUCUUGCAAGAUCGCUUCUUGAUCUUCUUGCCACCACCUUGAUGGCCACCUCCGUGGGAAUUCCAGCUGCUUUCUUGUAUGCCCACCGCUGUGUUGACUGCAAGCUCAAACACCUCAUCGACACCUCUCAUCUCCUUGCUGCUGCAUUCCACAUACAAGGCGCCCAUCCGUUGAGCCACAGCUUGGCCCUGUUCAGGCGUGACUGGCGUUAAUCCUUGACUCUUGAGAAGUUCGAUGCAAGUGCGCUUCGUUCGUAGAUCGGAUUUGAGGCCAACUAAGA